GGGGGGGAGGGAAGCAAAAAUUAGUAAAUAAUAGUAAAUAACAUUGGUAUGUGGAAGGAACAAGGAUGGAAGUACUUUGUGAAUGACAGGUUUUCAAACAUUUUUAUCUAGAUGCUGGUAACUCUGAAAUUUACCUCUUAAACUUCUCUCCUGAACUCCAUUUUUUCUCUCCAACUCUUCCCUGGAUAGUUCUGCUGGAACUUAAACACUCCAAACUGUCAUCAUCUGUACCCCGUCCUACUGCAAGCUUAUGUUCUUUAUCCAUUAAGCUAGUUGGACAUCCCUAUAAAGUGUUCUGUCUUCUCUCCACUGCCGCCCCGCCAUCCCCCCUCAACCCCCAAUAAUAGAUGCUCAUCACUAUCCCUAGCUGCUGCAUUGGUCUCCUAGCUUGGACUCUACCCAUAAAUUUCAUCUUUAUAUUGCCAUCUCUGGGAUGUUUUUCAAGUGCAAAAUUACAAUCAUUUUAAAACCAAAAUUUACGCAUUGAUGUCUUCCUGUUGUCUGAACCUCAGUCAUGAUGAACUGUAGGAACUCCCUAUGUACUGUUUUUGGCCACUUUGCCUUGUGCUACUCCUUGUUCACUUACCUAUCUUAAAGUCUUACACCCUAGCAAAAAAUUUCCAAUUCCUCUUUUUGCUCUGGGGCCACUGAAUGCAGCACAUACCUUUAGGCUAGUAAUUCAUUCCAUUUACAUGUCUCCACCAGAAUAAAAUUUUAGCAUUUAGUAUUGUGCAUGGCAUACAUACUGUAGUUAUGUAAUAAAUGGUCCUUGAGUGUGUAUAAAUGAAAGAAUGAUAAUUGCGUAUUUAUAAAGGCUUGAUUUAAUUUUAUGGCUGCUGCUGCUGCUUGAAACAAAUACAAUCUGGGCUGUCUUAAAAAUGUGCUGGGAUUGCAGGCGUGAGCCACCGCUCCCAGCCAAGAUAGGUUCUUGAUUGCUGUGUUCAAAUCCUUAAAAGGCUUUGCCAGAGAAGAGACAUGUUCAAAUCACAUAGGAUCAGGAGACUGGUAUUUGAUACUUGUCCGAUCUCCUCAUUUUAACAUGUUACAUAUUUAAAGGACAGAAAUCAGAGUCAGUAGGUAAAAAAUCUUAGGGACAUAGACUUACUAGCUCAAUAUAGUGAGCUAAUUCAAUAUAAUGAGCUAAUACUUGACAACUAGAUACUUUAAAAAGUGUUAACAUGCAGCUUGUGAAUAGCAAGUUUUCUACCUGGAUCAAACUGGGGGAGGGGAACACAGGAAAACUCCAGAAAGCAAGCCACCAUAUUUUUGAACACUACUCAGAGACAACAGAAAAGCUAGCUUUGUGAUGUCAGAAAAGCUUUCUUGGACCCUAUCUCAUUCUAAGAGUUCAGGAAAAUCUAAUUUCGUGUAAAAAUGAGCAAUGGAAAAAGAUGUCCAAUCACAUAAAAUGUUUUUGUCAAAAUGGAAUUAUGAAUGCUUUAGUAAACUGGAAGAAAUAUCUCUGAAGAAUUUAGAAGAAAGUUGUCAGCAAAGCAUUUAUGGAUGUAGUAUUUGACCUGGGUCCUCCUUGCUACUUAAAUCAGUUGGAAUAUUAACCUAUGUUAAUAGUGCAGCUGGAACAGUAGUGGUUCCGUUCUCAUUCUGGAGGGAUGUUUUCAUUCUGGCCCUGUCUGUUUGCUGUUUGAUAAGAGAGUGGGAAAGGGAGGGGGUUAUAAAGUCGUGAUUUAUUCACAAGGGCAAAGGGAAGGACAAGGAACUUGAGAAAAUUACUCCAUCUAGGGUUUCUGAUCCAUCAUCAUCCUUGUUCUGCACUCAGCCGUAUCCAGCUCUACUGGGCAUAUCACUAUUAUUGCUAUCAAUUGUUUUGCUAGUUGCUUAGUCCCAAAUCAUUAUCAUCUUUUCUGUCAUUCCACAUUUAGGUAUUUUAUUCAACAAAUAGACUGAAUGCCUAUUAUAUACCAGACACUCUUCUAAAGCACUGGGGAAGAGCAUGGAUCAAAACAACUUCCUGUUCUCCUGGAGUCUACAAUUUUGUUUGGUGGUAGUGGAAGCGUAACUAAAUAUAUAUGAUAAGUGCUAUAGAGAAAAGCAAAUUAGGGUUAGAAUGGAACGAGAUGCCCCACUGGCCUGUAAGCUCCAGGAGGACGACGACCUGCCCUCUCAUUAAGGUAUUUUCCGUGCUUAGAAUGGUGUCUGCUACGUAGUAGAUAUCUAUUAUUGGUUGAAUGAAUAAGUGAUGUUGACCAUAGAUAAAUUAGUUCAAAACUUAGAUUUUCAAAUUAUGUCAGUAGCAGGCACACAUCUUAAAUUGUUAUAUCACUCCAGUGCACGUCUUGCUGAAAUUCAGAAGAGGAAGCUAUUUCGUAUGAAGCCAAUAACCUCAAAUCAGAAAUGAAAACUGGGAUAUCACCUGUCAUAUCACUUGCCAUCCUCGGCUAAGCCAGGAGAGUGUCUGGCCCAAUAAUAUUCGGUAGCCUGGAUACGUAGGUGUAUUUAGUGAACGAAAGAAUGAAUCCUAGCCACUGCAAAACUGCAAAACCCUCGGGGGUAGUGCUUGGCUUCUGCCAGUUCCACAAGUAUUUUAAUAUUAGCUGAACAAAUGAAAUGACCAAAAAAUAAAUCGCGAUUUUGUGUCAGAUGAACUUGGGAAGGCGGAUGCGCUUAGGGUCCGGCUGUAGCGAGUAAGACACUCCCUGCGAAGAGUUCUGUGGGGUACGAACUCCGGACUGUGAGUCCAGCUCACGAGUUUGUACCUAAAACCUUGCCCUGCGGGAGCGACGCUGUCCUAACGCGACCUGCCCUGCCCGUCAGCUCCUAUUGGCUGACUCUCGGAAGACCCGCCUCUUGAGAAGGAAAAGCAGUCGCUUCCCGAAUUGCCUGACAUCAUGCAAUGACCAAUCAGAAGCAGCGAUCUUCAGUUUUGCCCAGUGAGGCUGGUUACGGGUCCUGGCCCGCGGAGUUUGAUUUCGUCCUGGGAUGCGGAAGUAGCAGUCCUGUCAUGCGGAAGUAGCAGUCCGGUCCUAGGGACUAGCAGGCACCAAGAAACUGAUAAUGUUCCUUUGAAUUGGCUUCUGUAUUUGCUUCAUCAAUGUCUCUCAUACUGAAUAUCUUAAGAGAGAUGCUGGAAUAUUUUGGCGUUCCUGUAGAACAGGUUUUGCUGAUUUGGGAAAAUAAAGACUAUGGAUCAGCUAGGAGUAUUGUUCGUAUUAUUGGGAAAAUGCUUCCACUGGAACCUUGUCGAAGACCUAAUUUUGAGUUGAUCCCGCUCUUGAACUCUGUAGACUCGGAUAAUUGUGGAUCUAUGGUUCCAUCUUUUGCUGAUAUUUUGUAUGUGGCAAAUGAUGAAGAAGCCAGUUAUCUCAGAUUUCGAAAUAGUAUAUGGAAAAAUGAAGAAGAGAAAGUGGAAAUUUUUCAUCCUUUGCGACUAGUUCGGGAUCCACUGUCACCUGCUGUAAGACAGAAAGAAACAGUGAAAAAUGAUCUGCCUGUAAAUGAAGCUACAAUUAGAAAAAUAGCUGCCCUUGAAAAUGAGCUGACUUUUCUUCGCUCUCAGAUUGCAGCAAUUGUGGAAAUGCAGGAACUGAAAAAUAGUACAAAUUCUAGUUCCUUUGGCUUGAGUGACGAGCACAUUAGUUUGGGUCAGUUGUCAUCGUCGCGGGCUGCCCAUCCGAGUGUGGAGCCCGAUCGGUUUCCAGGUUCAGUGCUUUCUCCUCCUCCUCCACCACCACCACUUCCUCCUCAGUCUUCAUCUCUCCAGCCACCGUGUUUUCCUCCCAUACAACCAGGAUCUAAUAAUAUUUGUGACUCGGAUAAUCCAGCAACUGAAAUGAGCAAACAGAACCUGGCUGCUAAUAAGACCAAUUAUAGUCAUCAUUCAAAAAGCCAGAGAAAUAAAGAUAUUCCAAACAUGUUGGACGUUCUAAAGGAUAUGAAUAAGGUUAAGCUUCGUGCAAUUGAGCGGUCACCUGGCGGUAGACCCAUUCAUAAGAGGAAAAGACAGAAUUCACAUUGGGAUCCAGUUUCUUUAAUAUCUCAUGCACUUAAACAGAAAUUUGCAUUUCAAGAAGAUGAUUCUUUUGAGAAAGAGAAUAGAUCUUGGGAAUCUUCCCCAUUUUCUAGUCCAGAAACUUCCAGGUUUGGACAUCACAUUUCACAGUCAGAAGGACAGCGAACUAAAGAAGAAAUGGUCAACACAAAAGCUGUUGACCAAGGUAUCAGCAACACAAGCCUUCUAAACUCAAGGAUUUAAACUCAACUUAAGGUUGAGCUUUAAACUUCCAAAACUUCUUCCUGGAUGAUAAAUUAUUCUUAGAAACUGAUUUGGACUGUUAAAGGCUAAAAGUAGAUGUAUUUAAAGACUUCUUGACACAUUUUGCCUACACUUGCUAUGUAAAUAUGUAUGCCUGUCAUUUUUGUUUCCUUUGUUCCUUUUUACGUUUAUACUCUGUUCUUCUGUACAUAGAGCUUAAAAUAAACAUUCCUUUUGAACUUG